UCGCUCUCGUCCCGCUACACCAGCUGCAGUGCAGCACUCCGCAGGCGGUGACCACGAAGCUCGCGGACGCCACACCGCACGCCUCUAUGGAUAUCAACGCAAGCGGGAGUGCAGUCAAGAAGCAAGAGGAGAUGGAUGUGAACGAUUCCAAGACCGUCAACAAGGACGGUAAACCAACGGCCCGAACACUGAAUAGAGUGCCUCGUGCCUGCAAUGCGUGUCGCAAGCAGAAAAUGAGGUGUGAGGGGGCCGAGAAUCCACCCUGCAGACGUUGUAGACAUGCUGGUCUCGAGUGUCUUUUCGAAAAGCCUCAGAGGGAGGCAAGUCUAACUGGCGAGGCGGGACUAGAGCGCAUUCGGAGUCUAGAGAACCAUGUCGCCGAAAUUCGAGCUUCUCAGACGGUUAUCCAGAACACUUUGACGGAAAUCGCAGCUCAUUUACGCGGCGGCUCACACUUCGCCGGACGUUCGCCGUCGGUGUACCCUCCGUCACUUACGCACCAGUCACCCAGUGUCCAUUCGAUUGGUUCCCCCGGAAUGUCGACACCUACGGUAGGCGGCCAUCCCCAGCUGCUGGUAGAUACGGCCCACACCCCAACCCCUGGCGGCAGCAGUGGCCACCCACAAUCACACAUGAUGAGCCGCCAACACAGAGACUCAAUCCCCUCUGCCACCUAUCAGAGCCCUACUCUGGGCGCAUUGGGCCACAGGGUUCCAGGCGCUGGGGACAUGCAUCCGCCUCAAGUCCCGUCAUACGGUCAGCAAGGGCAUUCAGGCCCGCACGGAACAACGUUGCCGCCAUUCUCAUCCCUCGAAACAAUGGGCCCACCCCGUGGACAACCAAGUAAUGUUUCAUCCAUGCGUUACCAUCCUGGGGACCACGGUCAGGGACAACGCCCGCUAGCUAGGAGUAUGAAUGGCCUAGAGGCGGCGUCAGGUUCCAAAAGAGCCCUUCCACCGUCAUCAAAUGUCACCAGUGCGGAUUCGACGGACGCAGAAGAUGAGGACGGCGAAUUGCCAGCUUCAGGGUUGGUCGCCCCGUGGGAAGUUCUUCGGGGCCUCGCUGAUGUCGCGAUUGAACGAGCCGCCCAGGAGAACGGGGAAGGGAGUGAGCCUCAAAGCCGACCACGGACGUCCUCUCCCGAACCACGCCACCCUCGCCCGGCGAAGCGCAGAAAAACAGCGCCCCAGAUCGUACAUACCAUCCUGCCUGAUGUUGUUACAAAGAAAAUUAUACCCGAGUCGGAAGCCCGCGAACUUUUCAGAAUCUUCUACCAUGGGUGUUCCACGUUCUUGCCCGUCUUCGACGCGAACGUUGACACAUAUGAGGAACUUCAUGAGCGUUCUCCUUUUGCGGUUGAUUGUAUUUGCAUGGUGGCCGCGCGAGUGCGAGAUGGUGGAGGUAUGUUACUCAUCACAAAAUUCAUUGAGCACAUGUCGACUGUUUGCCAAGGUGAACCCAGUGACACCUUCCUCAAGUGCCAAGAAGAGGUACAUGCCAUCUCAUGUGCCACCCUGUUCUCCCCAGUGAUGCGACAAGAGGCCGUGCAGGCGAUGGUACUGGUCUCUGGUUGGUCUGAUAACGGAUGGCUUCCUGGUGGGCACGCUGUGCGCAUGGCCAUGGAAAUCUCGAUGCACAGAGCGUGGCCAGAGCUUCUCAAAAGAAUGAAGGCAAAUAAGGCAUCGACGUCCCCGAAGGAAAGGCAGUUAAUGGUCUCCGCACGCACAUGGUUCUGUCUAUACAUUUUCGAGCACCAGAUGUCCUACGGAACUGGCAGGCCAGCCAUACUUAAAGAUGACGAGAGCAUAUGGAACUGUCGGCUGCUUUUGCAGCACCCGCUUGCUAUUGAAGAUGACAUGCGUCUGGUAUCCAUGGUCGAGCUGAUGGCGAUUCGCGAGAGAAUACACAACAAUUUGGCUCCGCUCUUCGAAAGACCGGUCGACGAGCAUACCUUCCAAGUCCUGCGUGAUGGCGAUCUGGAGUUUCGUAAUUGGUACCAGACAUGGGAUCAAGCAUUCUCCCAGAAGUACGAGGAUGCCGCCUUCUACAGACAGAGCCUGCAGAUUCAGCAUCUAACCGCGGAGCUGUUCCACAAUGCGACGGCGUUAAGGGGCAUUGAUGGACCUGAAGACAUGCAAAAAAUGCUACCUGGCCAGAGAGAACUCGCUAUUCGGUCUAUCCAAAUUGGUCGUCAAAUCCUCGAUAUUACUGUGAACUCGCCGGCGUAUCGGGAGGGUAUGAAAUAUGGUAGGCUGUCCCGACGGACUGUUCCGCAUCUAGCUGACUGUCUGCUAGCGGUUCACUACACACACGCCACUGCAACGUUCUCGGCCUCGUUCUUGCUACGUCUAGCUCGUCUGUUCCCGGAUCAAUGCGAUGUCAAUGAAAUCAGAAUGCUGGUCGAGCACCUCGCAGCUUUGUUGUCGGAAGUGCCCGGCAAGCGGUAUGCAUUCACACUCCAACUCAUGCUUAAGCGCUUCAAGAGACGCAAGGCGAGCUCAAUGUCUCGUUCGCCUCAGCUUCCUCGCCCUGGCCACCGUAGUGGUGAAAGUUCACACUCUCAAGACAUGACGGUGGGACAUCCGAUAUCUCAGCAUCCGCACGCACAAAAUCAAGCAAUGUCACCGACGUACGAUGCAACUUUCGCGGCACACUCCGAACCGAUGGGCCAUAUGGGCCCUAAUAUGCAGCAGCAAUACUUUGCGCAGUAUGGCGGCACUGGAAACGUUGAGAGCAUCUGGCGCGGCUUCGAAUCGACUUCCAUCGAGCAGUUGCCUGUAUGGCUAUCAGACCAGAGCCUUGGUGGGGCUUCAUUCUCUCAGCACGGCAUUGAUGCCUUCUUAUUGCCUAACGAUUACCUCCCGCCUGCGCCUCAGAUUUGGUAAUGUGCCCUGCGUGGGCAGCAUUUUCUUCUUCGUUAAUUUGUACCAUACAUCGCUUUGCUCUGCCCUUACCGGUUCUUCGAGGAUUGACUAAUCCAUGCACUGCCGCUUUCUUCGGAGACUGUAUUGAUGUUCAGAUACCACGUAUGUUCGCAUGUACUCCCUGUCAUUUACGCACUUUCUGUAGUACCCUGGAUGUAUUGACCUUCCCCAUUCGUUGUAAUCCCAUUACGCUUAUGUCCUUCGCCGAU